AUGGCGGCCGCCCAGGCGCGCGACACGCAGCGCGCGGCGGGCAGGUCCCAGAGGGACAGGCGCGCGAGACAGGCGAGCGCGAGGUCGUGGGGCAGGCCGGGGAGCAGAUCGGCGCACUCGGCGGAGGCGGAGGCGGAGGCGGAGGCGGAGGCGGAGGCGGAGGCGGAGGCGGAGGCAGAGGUGGAGGCGGAGGCGGAGGCGGUCGUCAUACGGAACUUUAGGGCUACGAUAUGUGUCUCGAACGUUUAG